AUGUGGACUCAACGUGACCAAUUCUCAAACAACCAAAUACCUUUGACAGAUCAGAGUCUUAUUCAGCGUCAAUAUGAGUUACGAAAAUCGAACCACAGUUACAGCGAAAUUACUAAAGCUCCCUCUAGAGCCCUACCCGAAUCUCCGCAUUCAGAAGUUGGUGAUCUAGUUUACUUAUAUAACGACCGAAACAAAACUUGUGCUCGUGACCGAUACCUAGUUGUUUCUACAGACAAUUCGUGGUGCAACAUAAGAAAAUUUGUUGGUUCUCAGUUACGCAAUACAUCAUACCGUGUAAAAAGGAGUGAUUGUUAUAAAGUCCCGUCACUAUUAAACACUUUACGCCAACAGGAUACUUAUAGUUACGACAAUUUUACAUCUUCAGACGAGGACGAUAAUACAGGAAAACCACAAAGCCCGCCUAAACCUCCUGACAUUCCGAAUGUAAUAUCCAUUCCUCAUUUACAGGAAGGGACAGAUUCUCAAGUCAGCUGGCCGAGCUGGGACAAUAAGUGGGGUGGGGGAGGUGGGCGACUUCUCCAGUCAUGCUUCAGUGAUUCCCUACAUAAUCAACCAAAUAGUAAUGUUCAUCAUGAAAAAAAUAUACUAAGUGUAAGAUCUGAGGAUGUGAAUAAAUUGAAAUCAGACAUAUCAAAUGAAGUUUUCAGUGCUUUUGAUAUAUCAAUGGGCAAUCUGAUGAGCACAUAUAUUGCAACUGUUCCAAAAGAAAUAAAAGCAGGAUCAGAUGCUAAACUUUGUAUAUCAGCUUUAAAGGGAGGUGUUAAACGUGUUACAAUCUUCGUAAUGUUGCAAGACAAACAAAACAGAACUUUAACAAAAGCUAAAGCACAACGAAGUCUGCUUCAGAGACCUGUCGUUGUUACAAUUAAAGUACCAGGAAAGACCCCUCCAGGAUAUGAUUACAAGAUAAGAGUAAGAGUCAUUGGAGAUAUCAAAUUCGAUAAAACUGCUAUAGAAAUCCGAGUCACAGAGAAGGCGUCAUCCAUCUUCAUCCAGACUGACAAAGCCAUUUAUAAGCCGGGUGACUUAGUACAGUUUAGAGUGGUUGGAACUAAUCAACGAUUAAAAGUGUUAAGAUAUCCUUUGACAAUUUACAUACAGGACCCCAAAAAUAAUCGAGUGAAACAGUUUCUCAAUGUUAGGCCAGUAUUUGGUGUGUUUGCCGGUACAUUCCAACUAUCAACUUUGACAAACCUUGGAAGAUGGACAAUCACAGUAGAACAAAAGAGAGGAAAAAAAUCAAAACGUUUCGAUGUUCAACGAGUUGUUCUACCUAAAUUUGAAGUGAAUGUUGUACUGCCUCCAUUCGAACUUAAAACAGACAGAUUUUUCACAGUUACUGUAAAUGCACUGUAUACUUUUGGGAAACCAGUUGAUGGGGAUGCAGAACUGAUCAUUAAAAGUCAAUGGAAUUCAGAAGUUCAGAUUAUAAAGAAAUUUAAAAUAAAUGGAAAAGCAACAAUUAAAGUCUUGAUGAGUGACGUUGUACCUAAACUGGGAACCUACAUAACGGUUAUCGCUAAAGUGAAUGAAACAAUAACUGGAAUUUCGGUAAAUGAUACAGGAGAUGUUGUAAUAUAUGACACAGACGAAGAACUAACGUUUUCCUCAAGUAUGUUGAAUGUAUUCAAACCAGGACUAUAUUAUACAAUAAUGUUGAAAGCUAGAAGGCGAGAUGGAAGUAAUUUAGAAUCAAUAUUAGACUCUGUAAACAUAACGGUCAAGUAUACAGUACCAGGAACAAAGAAACAACCAAAGUGGUCUCCAACUGGUGGCAAUAAUCAGGUUAUGCCUUUUGGACGAUUUUCUCAACGUAUCAACGAGGACACAAAAGUAUUGUGGACACGUGUGGAACAAAUCCCUCAAUCAGGAAUAAUUGAACUCUCAGCUAGAUUCCCUAAAGCAGCACUAUCUGGUAGUUUUGAGGCAUUUUAUCGCAAAGAAAGAACGUCAAAGUAUUUGUCACGAGCAGAAUCACCAAGCAGAAACUUUAUAAAAGUGUCAGUUAAGGAUAACAGAAAUGCCAAGCCUGGGAGAAGAUUACCGUUGAUUAUACGCUGUACAGAAAUAAUCCGCUUCUGCAGUUACAAAGUUUUUUCACAAAGAUCACUUAUAACACAAGGGCGAUUUAGGAUGAGAAAUAGAAAGCAGCAAGUCCAGAAUCUUAGAAUCACAUAUGCAAUGAUUCCUCACGCAAAGUUACUCGUUUAUUAUGUAAGACGAAAAAAUGGUGAAGUUGUUGCUGAUGCUAUUACAAUUCCGAUUGAGGACAUAUUUGAAAAUGAAGUGUCUAUUAAAUUCAACAAAAGACGAGCUAAACCAGGUGACGAAGUUCAGGUUGAAUUAACGGCUGAUCCACACUCAUUGGUGAAUGUUCUUGCUGUUGAUAAGAGUGUUCUUUUACUGAAAUCAGGAAAUGAUAUCACAACACAAGAUGGUGCUGGUGUUUAUGUGUUGACAGAUGCUUUGCUUUAUCAGUACAUUCCUCCACCAAGUCGUAAGUAUGCGAUGUUUUCUGAUGGAAAGGCAACAAUAAUAACGACAGCUCCUGACACUAUAACAGAAUGGAUUGCAUCAGCAUUUGCCGUAAAUCCCAGAUCAGGUCUCGGAGUUGCUUCAAAUACCGCAAAUUUAACAACUUUCCAAAGGUUUUUCAUGCGUUUUGAACUUCCAUAUUCUGCCAUACGAGGGGAGGUUAUUAUAGUGCAAGCCACAGUAUUUAAUUACUUAGACCAAGAUCUACAGGUUUCUGUGAAGCUUGCUAACAAUGUUAACUUUACCUUUGUUGAUGCUAACGGAAACGACUUCAAUCCAGGCCCAAAUGGGUGGACAAAGUCUUUGUUAGUGAAGGAAGACAGUGUGGCGUCUGUGUAUUUCCCUCUUAAACCAAGAGCUCUUGGUAAAAUACUUUUGGACGGAACUGCAAGAUCUACCAUUGGAGCCGACGCUUUACAGCGUGAAUUCCUGAUAGAGGCCGAAGGUAUAAAACAAAACUGCAACGUUCCAUUAAUAAUUGACCUCCGACAAGGAGGACGGGUCAGAGAGACAAUAUCUUUGUCUUUCCCGCCAAAUCUAGUUGAAGAUUCAGAAUUUAUCAAAAUUCAAGUUAUUGGUGACCUGUUAGGGGCAACACUAGCCGGCCUAGAGGAUCUCCUUCAGAUUUCAUACGGCUGUGGAGAACAGAACAUGAUCAGAUUCGCUCCAAAUGUUUACGUCAGCUCUUACCUGAAAACAACAAACAGACUUACAAAUGAUGUACGAAAUAGAGUAGAGAGCAUUUUAGAGGGAGGUUAUCAAAGAGAACUGUCCUAUGUUCAUGAUGAUGGAUCUUUCAGCGCUUUUGGAAACAACGAUAAAAGUGGAACUACCUGGUUGACUGCUUUUGUGAUCAAAUCCUUUUCACAAGCUGUAAGUUUUACCUAUAUUGAUAUCAACGUCAUAACGAAAGCUGUACAAUGGAUAAUUAAGCAACAAGAAACAUCCGGGGCCUUUAACGAACCAGGAAUUGUUCUUCACAAGGAAAUGCAGGGAGGAUCAGUGUCUAGUAAAAGAAGUCUGACUGCAUUUGUCCUCAUAGCACUUCUUGAAGCACGAGAUAUUAAUCUAGUAGCCAAGGAGGUACAGAAGAGUGUAACCGAUUCUAUAAAUAAAGCAGUUACAUUUGUGGCAAAAAGUGCACCUGCAUCCAUUGCUAAUCUUUAUGAACUUGCUAUAUCAUUCUAUGCAUUAUCUCUGGCGAAACAUUCGAUAGCAAGUCAAAUUUUGGCAGAACUUGAGAAGCAGGCAAAGGUCAAUGGCAGUGAAAAAUACUGGACUUUACCUGAAACUGAAGCUGACAAACUGCAACCUUGGAAAACCUGGAGACCACCUCAAACUAAAGUCAGAGCUAUAGAUGUCGAAAUGACCUCUUAUAUACUGUUAGGAUACAAUCUGAAGGACGAUACAGACAACGGCAUUCGGAUAAUGAAAUGGUUAGGUAGACAGAGAAAUCCAAGAGGGGGGUUCAUUUCUACACAGGACACGGUUAUAGCAAUUCAAGCACUGUCAGGGUUGGGAGAAAAGAUUUACGUACCUAAUUUCCAAAUGAGUGUAAAUACUGUUGGUGACACGUGGACUCAAGGAAAAACAUUUGAUGUUAACAACAGGAAUGCUCUGGUGCUACAAAUAGAAGAUAUUCCAAAUACAGUACGAAGUGUAUCGGUGAAUGCUAAUGGAAAAGGACUGUGUCUAAUGGAGGUUGCAGUUUAUUUCAAUGUUAACAACGACUUACGAGAGCCAGCAUUUGCUCUAACAACAACAGUACUCAACGACUCAACUAAAGGAUUCAGACUCAGAGUUUGCUUCAAUUGGUUAAGAGGAGGACAGAGUACUAUGGGAAUACUAGAAAUAUCUUUACCAUCUGGAAUGGAAGCUGACUUAGACUCAAUCGAUACUACCAAUACAGGAGGACAGUACAAAAAAGUGGAGAAGGCUUUCCGCCAAAUUAAUUUAUAUUUUGAUACGAUUUUGUCAGAGCAAAUGUGUAUUGAAGUCGACAUUAGGAGGGUUGCACUGGUUGCUCGACAUAAACCUGUAUGGGUCAAAUUGAGGGAAUAUUAUGAGCCAAGUAAUGAAGUUGUCAAGUUUUACCAAUCGAAAGCUCUUGCAAAUGCUACCAUUAUAGAAGUGUGUGGUCCGAACAAUUGUGAAGAAGUGAAGAGACGAUAAUCCUGAAAUACGAGAAAGGAAAAAGUUUUCCAAACAAUCUUUAGAUAUUAUUAUUCUUUUUAUAUACAUAAAUAGAAACUAGGUUUUACAGGAUAUCUUAUGUCAAGCAUUAUAUUCAAAAAUGUAUAUCUUGUACUUGAAAAUCCUAAAGCGGA